AUGUCUGGCUCAAGCGACAGCAGCAGCAACGGCGAGUACAGCAGCGGGGAAGACAGUGACUGCAGCAUCAGCAGCAACAGCAGCAGCAAGCGCAGCAGCAGCAGCAGACAUGAGGCAGCGGACAGCAGCAGCAGCAGCUCUUCUGAGUAUGCAACAAUGGGUGGCUGCGCAAGCAGAAACAGACCUGCAUCUAAUGCAGCAGCAGCAGCAGCAGUAGGUGCUGCUGCUGCUGAACGCCGAAGCAGCAGCAGCAGCAACAACAGCAGUAGCAGUAGCAGCAGCAGCAGCAGCACAGAGGCACCAAGUGCAGCAGCAACACCAGCAGCAGCAGCAGCAGACGACGACGAAGGAUUAACUGAUUCAGCAGAUGCUGCUGCUUCGGACAUGAGCGCGGAGGAUACAAAGGCAGCAGCAGCAGCAGCAGCAGCAGCAGCAGCAGAAGCAGCAGCAGCAGCAAAAGAUGAAACAGUAGCAGGAAGUGCAGCAGCUGAAGCUUCUUCUGCAGCAGCAGCAGCAGCAGCAGAAGCAGCAGCAGCGAUAAGUGAAGCAGCAGCAGCAGAGAAGCAGCAGGACGAAAGUGCAGCAAGAGGAGCUGCAGCAGCAGCAUCAGAAGAAGCAGAAGCAGCAGCAGGAGAAGCAGCAGCAGCAGAACCUAAGGCCGCGCAUGCAGCAGCAGGAGCUGCAGCAGCAGAAGCCGCAGCAGCAGAAGGUGAACCGGCAGCAGCAGCUGCUGCAGCAACAGAAGCGGCAGAAGCACAAGAUACAGCAGCAGAACCUGUUGCUGCAGCAACGGAAGUUGCAGCAGGAGUAGAUACAGCAGCAGAAGGUGCAGCAGCAGGAGCUGCAGCAGCUGAAGGUGCAGCAGCAGGAGCUGCAGCAACAGAGGCUGCUGCAGCAGAAGCUGCAGCCGCAGAAGCUGCAGCAGCAGAAGCAGCUGCAGCAGAAGCUGCAGCCGCAGAAGCUGCAGCUCGUGAAGCAGCUGCAGCAGAAGCUGCAGCAACAGCAGCUGCAGAAGCAGCAGAAGCAAAAGCAGCAGCAGCAGAAGCAGCAGCAGCACGAGCAAGGACAGUGGAGGCAGCAAGAGCAUAUGCUAAAGUUGCUGUUGCUGCUGCAGCAGAAGCAGCAGCAGCAAAGGCUGCAGCAAUAGAAGCAGCAGCAGCAGAAGCAGCAGCAACAGUAGAAGCUGCACCAGCAAAACCUGUAGCAACAGCAGCAGCAGCAGCAGCUAUGGCAGCAAAACCUGCAGCAGCAGCUCCUGUUGCUGCAGCAGAACCAGCAGCAGCAACCGAACCUGCAGCAGCGGAACCUGCAGCAGCAGAACCUGCAGCAGAAGAACCUGCAGCAGCAGAACCUGGAGCAGCAGCAGAACCUGCAGCAGCAGAACCAGCUGCAGCAGAACCUGCAGCAGCAGAACCAGCUGCAGCAGAACCUGCAGCAGCAGAACCUGCAGCAGCAGAAGCUGCAGCAGCAGAACCUGCAGCAGCAGAAGCUGCAGCAGCAGAAGCUGCAGCAGCAGAACCUGCAGCAGCAGAACCUGCAGCAGCAGAAGCAGCGACCCUGGAUGCUGCAGCAACAACGGAGUCUGCUACGGCAGCAGCUGCAGCAGCAGCAGCUGCAGCAGCAGAAGCUGCAGCAGAAGUUGCAGCAACAGAAGCGGUAGGUGCACAGGCUGCAGGGACGGAAGCAGCAGCAGCAGCAGCAGCAGCAGGAAGUUCAGCAGCAGAAAGUACAGCAGCAGAACCAGCAGAAGCAACAACGGGAGAAGCAGCAGCAGCAGAUGCUGCAGCAACAGACGGUGCUGCAGCAGUAGCUGCAGCAAAAGCAGCAGCAGCAGCAGAAUCUGCAGCAGCAGCAGCAGCAGAAUCUGCAGCAGCAGAAGCUACAGCAGUAGAGGCUGCAGUGGCAGAAGCAGCAGCUGCAGUAGCAGCAGCAGCAGAAGCUGCAGCAGCAGAAGCAGCAGUAGCAGAAGCUGCAGCAGCAGAGGCUGCAGCAAGACAAGCAGCAGCAGCAGAGGCUGCAGCAAAACAAGCAGCAGCAGCAGAAGAUGCAGCAAGAAAAGCUGCAGUAACAGAAGCUGCAUCAAGAAACGCAGCAGCAGCAGAAGCAGCAGCAGCAGAAGCAGCAGCAAGACAAGCUGCAACAGCAGAAGCUGCAGCAAGAGAAGCUGCAGCAAGAGAAGCUGCAGCAGCAGAAGCUGCAGCAAAGAAAGCUGCAGCAGCAGAAGCCGCAGCAAAAGAAGCAGCAGCAGCAGAAGCUGCAGCAAGAGAUGCAGCAGCAGCAGAAGCUGCAGCAAGAGAUGCAGCAGCAGCAGAAGCUGCAGCGCGACAAGCUGCAGCAGCAGAAGCCGCAGCAGCAGAAGCCGCAGCAGCAGAAGCCGCAGCAGCAGAAGCCGCAGCAGCAGAAGCUGCAGCAAAAGAAGCAGCAGCAGCAGAAGCUGCAGCAACGAACGUUGCAGUAGCAAGCAAGGCUGCAGCAGCAGAAGAUGUUGCAGCAGAAGCUGCAGCAGCAACAACUGCAGCAGCAGAAGAUGUUGCAUCAAGUGCUGCAGCAGAAGCUGCAGCAACAGAAGCAGCAGCAGCAGCUGCAACAGAAGCAGCUGUGGCAGAUGCAGCAGCAAAAACGUGUGCAGCGCAUGCAGCAGCAGCAGCAGCAGCAGCAGCAGCUGAAGACACAAAUAUCGCAGCAACAGCAGCAGAUACCGCAGCAGCAAAUACAGCAGCAGCAGCAACAGCAGUUGCAGACACCGCAGCAACCAACGCAGCAGUAUCAGCAGCAACAAACACUGCAGCAGCAGCAGCAGCAGCAGCAGCAAAUGCAGCAGAAGCAGCAGCACUCGGUGAGGGCACUCCUGUUGCUGCUGCUGCAGCAGCAGUAAAAGCUGAACCAACUGCAUCUGAGCAGCUGCUAAAGGAGCAGCAGCAGCAGCAGCAGCAGCAGAAGCAGGAGCAGCAACCCAUGCUGAAGGAGGAGAAGCAGGAGCAGCAGAAGCAGGAGCAGCAGAAGCAGGAGCAGCAGCAGCUGCAGCCGAUGCUGAAGCAGGAGCAGCAGCAGCUGCAGCCGAUGCUGAAGCAGGAGCAGCAGCAGCAGAAGAUGGAGGGGCAGCGGCAAAACGAACAACUGCAGCAGCAGCAGAAGCAGCAGCAACAGCAGCGGCGACUAUCCCCGCUGCUGCAGCUGCUUGCGGAUAUCCCGUUCCUUCCUGCUGCUACCUGGAGGAGGCAGCAAGGUGGCAGCGCAGCAGCAGCAGCGACAACAACAGCAGCAGCAGCAACAGCAGCAACAGCGCUGGAGGGGAAGCCGCCCACUGGUGGGGCGCAGCCUUAUUUGCAGCAACAGCAGCAGCAGCUGGAGCAGCAGCAGCAGCAGCAGCAGCGGAGCUCGUGGACACUGUUCGGGAGGUGGAGAUGGCCUGGUUCAGCAGCAGCAGGGGCAGCAGCACCCUCCAGCAGCAGCAACAACAACAACAGCAGCAGCAGCGCAUGCAUGCGUUUGCUGCUGCAGACUGUUGCUGCUUCGGAAGCAAAAGAAGAAGCUGCUGCUGCUCCCCCACCCCGUGCAGACGAAUAUGCUGCUGCUGCUGCUGCUGCUGAGUUGUCAAGCCGCAGAGCAGCAGCAGCGCAGAGAGAAGCAGAAGCAGCAGCAGCAGCAGCAGCAGCAGCAGAAGCAGCAGCAGAAGAAGAAGCAGCAGCAGCAGCAGCUGCUGCGUUUAGGGCAAACCCCAAGAGAAUGUUUCGCUUAGAUCUGCGAAUGUUCGAGCCACCGCGCAUAACAGCAGCAGCAGCAGCAGCAGCAGGACCACCAGCAGCAGCAGCAGCAACAGCAGUAGGUGCAGCAGAAGAGGAGGAGUCUGCAUCAACAGCAACAGAUAGAGCUGCUGCUGCUGCUACAGCUGCAGCAGCUGCUGCUGUCUGUACUGUUGACGCGCAGCAGCAAAUGCUGCUGACGUCCGUUGCUGCUUGGAAACCCUUCGAUGAAUCCAGCAGCAGCAGCAGCAGCAGCAGCAGCAGCAGCAACAGCAUCGGUGUCAUCAAGACACCCAUAGUAACUCCAGCAGCAGCAGCAACAGCAGCAAAAGCAGCAGCAGCAGCAGCAGCAAGAGGGAAGAGUGUCUCCCCCUUCAAGCAGCUUAUAGAGGAAACGCAAAGGGCGAGGAACGAAUUGCUGCAGCAGCAAUUGCUAGAGGAAGAAGAGGAGCGGAAGGAAGCUGAGAGGUUGGAGGCCCUUAGGCAACAGGCAGAACGAGAGCGCAAGGAGAAAGAAGAGGCAGCAAGACGCCAGGCGUUACUGGAGCAGCAGCGUAUAGAGGAGGAGAAGAGACGACAGCAGCAGCUGCAGCAAGAGAAAGAAAGAAAAGAAAAAGAAGAGGCAGAGAGACAGAGGAAGCAAAAAGAACUAGAGGAGCAGCAGCGGCUGCAGCAAGAGCAGCAGCGGCUGCAACAAGAGCAGCAGCGGCUGCAGGAAGAGCAGCAACGGCUGCAGCAAGAAAAGCAGCAGCAGGAGCUACAGCAGAAACAGCUGCAGCAACAACAAGAACAGCAACAGCAGCAGCAGCAGCAGCAGCAGAAUCAGCAGCAGCAGACAAGCACUGCAAGGUUUGGAUGCGGCGGCAUCAAAGAAGGUUUCCCAUAA